ACUGUUUUCUGCUAACAGUUACGUCAGAAUCUUUCCAGCCCCACCUCUAAAUCUUCUUCACAUUCUCUUCUAUAUGUAGUCAAAUCAUCCGCGAAAUUUUCUACCAAUCUUGAACUCAACUUUCGAAAUUUGUGCAGUUUUAGAAAUCUGAUCCUGGAAGUCUCUCCGGCCUCCAUGGAAGCCCCUUGCUCCUGCAAAAUGCAAGCUCUCAGUUGCGAAAACCCAUUUGAUAUUCUCACCGAAGAGAUCGUCUUUUCCAUCCUUGACCAUCUUGACCACGACCCAUUUGCCCGAAAGUCAUUUUCUCUUACCUGUAAAGCCUUCUACUUCAUCGAGUCUCGACACCGGAAAUGCCUACGCCCGCUGCGCACGGAGCUCCUACCGAGAUCUCUUCGCCGCUACCCAUUUGUUUCCGACCUCGAUCUCUCCCACUGUCCUCGCGUUGACGACAAGACGCUGAAUAUGAUUUCAUCAACCUGGAAAGCUACUCUGCAAUCAAUUAAUCUGUCUAGAUCCAGGUUUUUCACAAAUUUAGGAUUAUCGAGCUUGUUUGUGAAUUGCUCGGGUCUGGUCGAGAUUGAUUUGUCCAACGGAACCGAGUUGACGGACCCGGCGGCGUCGGCGAUUGCAGAGGCUAAGAAUUUAGAGAGAUUGUGGUUGGUGAGGUGCAAACUGAUAACAGAUAUGGGGAUUGGGUGUAUAGCUGUUGGGUGUACGAAGUUGAAGUUGCUUAGCUUGAAGUGGUGUUUGCGAAUUACUGAUUUGGGUGUGGAGUUGAUUGCAUUGAAAUGCAAGGAAAUUAGAAGUUUGGAUCUUUCUUAUUUACCGAUCUCAGAGAAAUGUCUCCCAUAUAUCUUGCAACUUCAACAUCUCGAGGAUCUGCUUCUUGAGGGAUGCCUUGGAGUCGAUGAUGAUGGGCUUGCAACCCUCAAACAGAGUUGCAAGUCACUAAAGACACUCAAUUUGUCAAACUGCCAGAAUGUCAGCCACAUGGGUUUGUUGUCUUUAACAAAUGGUGCUGAAGAGCUUCAGAAGAUCAUAUUGGCACAUGGCUCUUCUGUUACUGCUGAUCUAGCAAAAUGUCUGCAUGAUUUUUCAAAGCUGCAAUCAAUUAAAUUAGAUGCUUGUUUGGUUACUAGCUGUGGGAUAAAAGCCAUUGCAAACUUGCGUGCCCGACUCAAGGAGCUGAGUUUAAGUAAGUGCUUGGGAGUUACAGAUGAGGGUCUCUCCCCAGUCAUUGAAGCCCACAAAGAAUUAAGGAAGUUGGACAUCACAUGUUGUCACAAGAUAACUUAUGCCUCUAUAGACAGCAUAACAAGUUCAUGCACGUCCCUAACUUUGCUCAGAAUGGAGUCUUGUAGCUUGGUUUCAAAGGAAGCCUUUCUUUUGCUUGGAGAGCGUUGCCGGUAUUUGGAGGAAUUGGAUGCCACAGAUAAUGAAGUUGAUGAUGAAGGUUUGAAGUAUAUUUCAAGAUGUUCAAAAUUGUCCAAAUUAAAGUUAGGGAUUUGCUCCAACAUAACCGAUGAAGGACUUGCACAUGUUGGAAGUAAUUGCUCAAUGCUUAAAGAGCUUGACUUGUACAGAUCAAUGGGAAUAAGUGAUGCUGGCAUUGCAGCCAUUGCUGGUGGUUGUCCUGCACUUGAGAUGAUCAAUGUAGCAUAUAAUAAUAACAUUACAGAUAUUUCAUUAACAUCAUUGUCAAAAUGUUCGAAGUUAGAGGCACUUGAAAUUCGUGGAUGUCCUUGUGUCUCAUCAGUUGGUCUAGCGGCCAUUGCUGUGGGAUGCAAGCAACUUAAAGUUCUUGACAUAAAGAAGUGUUUCAACAUCGAUGAUAAUGGAAUGCUUCCACUUGCUCAAUAUUCACAAAACCUGAAACAGAUAAACUUGUCAUAUUGUUCUGUCACGGAUGUGGGGCUAGUAGCAUUAGCCAGCAUAAAUCACCUCCAGAACAUGACAAUCUUACACUUGGCUGGUUUGACCCCAAAUGGCUUGGCAGCAGCGCUGUUGGGAUGUCGAGGUCUAACUAAAGUGAAGCUCCAUGCAUCCUUUAAACCAUUGCUUUCUAAGUCUUUCCUUGAUUAUAUGGAGGCCCGUGGAUGUGUAUUUCAUUGGAGAAACAAAGUAUUCCAGGCAAGUUUUUCUCUCCCUCUUAGACUAUUUGAACUUGUCAAUGGAAAGUGUUUGGCAUUCUCCAAAGGAAAAUAAUGACCAAUUCAAGAGAAAGAUUUAUAUCAGUGGCACAUUUCAUCUGGUAUCACAUUGGUACCCCUUCCUUUGAGAACUAGAUUCUUGUCAGACUAUCUAAGAACCUAGGGAAUCUUUGUUCCAUAGAUUAUAUGUCUUACACAGUGACACACUGUCCAAACUUGACAGAACAUAUUCUCCAAGGAAAUAAUUUUUGUUUCCAUAUUUCAUGAUCGCAUCUCAUCCAAUAAGAUUAUGUUCUGAUGGGAGGAAAAGUUUUGAUUUACAUUUAUGAUGUUAGAAAUGAUGAAACUGACUAUAGCUAUCCUUAUCCAGGUUACUGAUGACUGGCCACAAUUGUAGUGAGGGUCACUACUUUGAUCAAUUGAUGAGAGUGCUGCGACUGUCAAAUCAUAGUCGUGCAAACAAAUACGUUCUCGCAUGUUUGAUUCAUUGGAGGAAACAAAGAAAAUUACUGGACUGGAUGAACAGAAAUAUGGGACAGAGUAUAUCAGACUAACAAUUUUAGAAAUUUCGAGCUCCAUGGUGUCUGCAUCUGCUAGUGUUAAGUGUCCUGGUUCCUAGGAAGAUUAAAAUAAUUUGUUAGCUGUAAAUUUGCUGCUGAACUUUAGACUUGAAUCUCAUUGUUGUCAAUUUUCAAACAAAAUUUAUUGAGAGUCCCAAAUUGACUUGAAAAAGGUUCUGCUAGGAUAGUUCAACUGCAGGUCCACCUGAUCUCAG